ACCACCACUUCCCCUUGACAACUUGCGUACCAUACAGUCUCUCUUUUACAACCCGGACCCAAUCUUUCAUCCUUCACACUAAUACCCAUCAACCAGACAUUUCAAGCUACUGCAUUCAUAAUGCCAUUCACUCUUGACAACCAACUCGAUCUCUUGUUCCCAUCUGAGUACAUCCCAGAGGAUGUGAAGUCUCAACUACACCCCGACCUUCACAUUCGGCCUCUUGCUUCUUCAGACUACCGGCGAGGCCAUCUCGACAUCCUUUCCGUCCUCACAGUCGUCACAGAUCCAGGCGAGGAUGCUUGGAUCGCACAGUUCAACGCCAUGCGCGCAGCUCCGAAAACAUACUACUCUAUCGUCAUCGUAGACAAGAAGUCAGAUCGCAUCGUCGCGGUUGGUACUAUCUUCAUAGAGCGCAAGUUCCUCAGAGGACUUGGUAGUGUGGGGCAUAUCGAAGACAUCGCUGUAGACAAGAACCAGCAGGGGAAGAAGUUGGGGUUGAGGAUCAUUCAGGCGCUGACUGGUAUCAGCGAGAACAGUGGAUGCUACAAGACGAUCUUGAACUGCAGUGACAGCAAUAUACCCUUCUACCAGAAAUGCGGUUACGAGAAGAAAGAGAACGAGAUGGCAAAAUAUGCCCCACCACGUUCUCAGACACCUAGACUAUAGAUAGAGUCUUCUCUCUCUACUUAGGAACCACGGACUACUAUCAAUAUCGGACUGCAUAUCCUCGUAAUGUACAUUACCACUUCAUUGGUGUUAUCCUCACACCGGACACAACCUAUUGUAUACCUUGAUACUCCCUUCUUCUUCGUUCCCAUCUGUCUGAGAUCCCAGUACGGUAUUAGUUCGCUUGAACUGUGUUUGAAGUGGUGUUUUGUC